ACAGACCGUCGUAGUUCUAAAGUGCGGAGAAGCUCGAGAAGACAAAUCCUGCAUGACCACAGUUUCCUGGAACAUGAAGAAAAGAAUGACCUACUUGAAACAUUUUUUCAUUUUGGUCACAAUGCGAUGCUUCGUUCAGUGUGAAACAGAGGCAAUACGACCAGGAAAAAUGUCAGGUGUUUUCUGCAUUUUUAAAGAGAAGGCGUACAGUCCAGGAGAGAGCUGGCAUCCCUAUCUGGAGCCCUUUGGAUUCAUGUUCUGCAUGCGCUGUACUUGCACAGAAUUUGGUCAUGUGAAAUGCAACAGCAUCAAAUGCCCUGUUCUGCAAUGUGAAAAUCCAGUGACUAACUCACAGCAGUGUUGCCCUCGUUGUGCAGAUGAGCACAGAACUCCUGCUGGUCUGCGGGCACCCAUUGAAACCUGUAGGUAUAAUGGAAGCACUUACCAAACAGGGGAAACAUUUGCCAACCAUGAGCUCUUCCCAUCCCGUCAGCCGAACCAGUGCGUCAUGUGUACUUGCUCUAGGCAUUCUGUGGAUCAGUGUGCUGCGGAGCAGGUCAGGGGUCACUCACUUAGGGCCACGCCAUCGACACUGCGGGGGUCUCCCAGAGGUCUCAACCUACAGACACUACACCUCAAAGGAGCUGCCGCAACUACUGUUAAAAUUCUUCUACAGCGCAAACAUCAGAGAGCUUGUGUGUACAGUGGCAAGACCUAUUCUCAUGGUGACGUGUGGCACCCGGUGCUGGGGAAGGUCUUGGAGUGCAUCCUGUGCACCUGCAGGGACGGCUUUCAAGAAUGCAGACGCAUCACGUGUCCCAACCAGUAUCCAUGCCAACAUCCCAUAAAAAUAGAGGGGAAAUGCUGUAAGAUUUGUCCAGAGCUCAAAGCAGAGAGCAACAGGACAGAGUGCUACCUUACUCAGGACAAUAACAGUCUCCUGGUGUAUAAAGUUGAACCUCCAUCAGCUGCUCAGUCAGAAGAUAAAGUACGGACGAUUGCCAUCGAGAGACAAGGAGCCACGGAAGUAGAGGUGCAAGUCUGGAAAACUGUUGAAGGUGUUUUGCAUCUGAUGGAGACAGGUGACGUUCAGAAGAAAGACCUCAUAGAGCAUCCGGAAAAUUACAUCUUGCUGACUACAUUAGAUGAGGUAUUUACACUGACAGAAAUCACUUUUUUAUGUGUGGAGAUUCAAUUAAUUUGGAAGCCCAUUUCUGCCACAUUUAAGGGGAUGGUCGGACAUCCCAUUUGA